AUGGAAGAUGGUACCGACAGGUCACCAGGCACAGCACAAGAAGUGCCGCCUACAGUGGCACGCCCAACUUUCUCUGCUCCGCAAGCAUCACUUUCACAAACAACCUACACUGUGUCGAUUCAGUCCCCACCAGCUGCAACUUUAACGCCCGAAGGAGAUGCAAGAGCCGACAUUGAAGAGCCGCCCAAACAAGCUCCGAACAACCCAGACCUAGAUGAAUCGAAGAUUGAAUCUGCAGUAUUACCAGGUGUCAACCAGGAUACUUCGAACAUGGGAGAACUGCUAAAGCCUGGCCCACCAGCGAAUCCAAAAGAGCCAUCGGCUGCGCCUGCAGUCACCGUGAAUAAGCCGCUUCCAGGACAAAACCAAGCGGACCCGAUCAUAGGCGAGCUCGCUCCUCUUCCUGUGCCCUCACCUCCUCCACCGCCACCCACGCUCGUCAAUAGUCCAGCUUCCCUGCCAUCCUUAUCAAGUACGCCUACACCGCAGUCCACGAAAUCCUCAACCGUGCCACCAGAGUCAAGCAGAUCGGCUGAGACCUCGUUAGCUAUCACCCCCGGCACGUUCGUCCUGUCGCCGUUAACGUCCUUUGUUACAAUCACACGAUCAACCCAGGGCAAGGGAGAGGCGUCAAUCACAACAGCUCUGACAGGUACAUUCCCAACACCCGCUGCCAUUACCGGUAUCCUUCCUACAAACGGCGCAAACCCGCAAGCCAUUGCAGCCGCACAGUCAAUUACGAGCAUCGUAUCGUCGACAACCGUCAUAGUUACUGCGAGCCUGACCCCUAUCAUCCAGCCAAGCGGUCAGCAAGAUGGCAGUAUACUUCACCCUACUGCAAGAACACUGCUCAUUUUGUUCGUGAUCCUCGGCGCCCUGUCCAUACUGGUCGCCAUUGUUAUCUGUAUGAUGAUCCGAUCACACAAGAGACGAUCUAGAGCACAAAAGCAGGCCUUUGUCGACCAGAGGCCCUACGACGCUUCAAGCGGACGUGUCGGAGUCAAUACCCACAUAUCCGCGAAUCCCAACGACAAUCCCUUUCUGACUGCGAGCGAAAAAGCAAUCGUUGAUCGAGCAGUUUUGCCCGAUGGCGCGUCGGACCUGCAUAACGCCUCCAUUUUCUCGGAUGCAAUUACCUCGUUCAUCAAUAAAUCGAGAAGAUUGACUUACAAAAUUUCGCCUUGA